AUGACGUCCAUCAAGACUCGAUUUCUCAUCAUUUCAGACACUCAUGGGAUGAAUUUUUCAUCUGAACGUCACCCCGACCAUCAUGCUGAUGUCGCAAUCCACUGCGGGGAUCUCACAGAAGAGUCCAAACUGGCUGAGUUCCGAACAUCGCUGGAACUUCUUCGAAACCUCGAUGCCCCAUUGAAGCUCCUCAUCCCUGGUAAUCACGAUUUUACACUAGACAUACCUAUGUUCAAGAAAAAGGUGGCCGAAGUCCGCCCUCCAUUAGAACCAGAGCUGGUGACGAAGGAGUAUGGUAGCUGGGGAGAAGUGAGUCAGCUGUUUGAAGAGGCCAAGAAAGAAGGCAUCAUUUUCUUGAACGAAGGGACGCAUGAGUUCAAGUUGGAGAAUGGGGCAUCAUUGAGGGUAUUUGCAAGUCCCUUCACACCUUCACUCAAUGAUUGGGGGUUUCAAUAUGAUCCCCGUGAUGGCCACAACUACCCUAUACAAGAUGGCACAGAUGUUGUCAUUACACAUGGCCCUCCCAGGGGGGUUAUGGACAUGGCGGAAUCAAGGAAACGUGUUGGCUGCCCGGACCUCUUCGCUGCCGUCGCCAGAAAACGCCCGGCGCUACAUUGCUUUGGUCACAUCCAUGAGGGAUGGGGAGGAAAGUUGGUGAGCUGGAGGGAAAAUACCAGCGAGAUUCCGUCGCACUUCACCGACAUUGACAACGACAAGUCUGUUCUUAUCGAAAAUCUCUCGAGUUUUAGGCGAUCAAAGUUUGACGAUGACGGCACGGCUUUGGAGAAGGCAAACAAGGCUAAAGCAUGCAUCGAGGACGGAUGCUGCCGCACAAGCCACUGCACCGGCGACGACACCCCCCUCACCAGAGGGAAAGAGACUCUAUUUGUGAAUGCUUCAAUCAAAGCAGAUGGGAGCGAUCAGCCAAUGCAACUUCCUUGGCUGGUGGAUAUUGAACUAUCACCUGCCCGUAAAGACUUGACGGUGGAAAAUGAAACCAGCGAACGGAAGGGCGAGAAGAGAAAAGCAACAGUCGAUGAAGACGAUGAUGCAAGGCCAAUUGAGAAAAAAGCCAAGAAGGUGGAAUAA